AUGACUUCAGGUAAUCAGCAAAGGCGCAAGAAGCGGCAGCAGCAGCAGAAACAGCCGGGGCAAUCUGAGGCUGCGGAAGCGGCGCAAUUGACGGGGGGAGAGGAGGCGGAGCAGCAGCCCGCGGCAGAGCCGAUGGAAACUAGCGGGGCGGCGCAUGAAGCGCAAGCGGGGACGGAAGCGCCGGAGAGCAGCGCGGGAGGCGGAGGAGCGUCGUCGGGGAAUAAAGACCUGACGAGCGCCGAUUAUUACUUCGACUCGUACGCCCACUUCGGCAUCCACGAGGAGAUGCUGAAAGACGCGGUGCGCACUAAGACGUACGAAGCCGCCAUCUGCGGCAGCACGUUUCUGUUCAAGGACAAGGUCGUCAUGGACGUCGGUGCUGGCACUGGGAUCCUCUCGCUCUUCGCUGCUAAAGCGGGCGCCAAGAAGGUGUACGCGAUGGAGUGCUCAGAGUUUGCCGAGUGCGCACGCGAAAUCGUGGCAGCCAAUCACAUGGACCACAUAAUCACGGUGAUUAAAGGAAAGGUGGAGGAUGUGGAGUUACCAGAGGGGGAGAAGGUGGAUGUGAUUAUAUCGGAGUGGAUGGGCUACUUCCUGCUCUACGAGUCCAUGCUCGACACUGUGCUCUUUGCGAGGGACAAGUGGCUGGCAAACGGAGGCAUAGUGCUGCCAGACCAUUGCUCGUUGUACCUGAUGGCGAUAGAAGAUGCCGAGUACAAGCAGGAGAAGAUCCACUUCUGGCAGUCAGUGUACGGGUUUGACAUGAGCUGCAUUCGAGACAAGGCCAUGUUGGAGCCUCUGGUGGAUACUGUGGACGCAGAGCAGAUCGUCACCAACUCCUGCCUUGUCAAGUGCUCCUCUCCCUUCCUUCUCCCCGCUUCCCAGUCCUUGGACAUCAGCAAGGUGACAAGGGGCGACCUCUCCUUCUCAGUGCCCUUCAAACUCGUGGCGGAGAGGAAUGACUUUGUGCAUGCAUGCUCUGUUACUCACAUCUUUUCCCACUCCCUCUUCCAUCGCUCUCUUUCCUUCUUGCUCAUUCCUCCCCCACUCCAGUCGCUUGACAUCAGCCACGUGACGACCUGUCCUUCUCAGUGCCGUUCAAGCUGGUGGCGGAGAGGAAUGACUUUGUGCAUGCUCUGUUCUGUUUCUCACCUGCUCUCCAUUCUCCCUUUCGCUUCUCUUCCCCCUUCUCUUCCCUAUCCCCUUCUCCUUCCCCUUCCCUUACCCCCCCUCCAGUCUUUGGACAUCAGCAAGGUGACAAGGGGCGAUCUCUCCUUCUCAGUGCCCUUCAAGCUCGUAGCAGAGAGGAAUGACUUUGUGCAUGCGCUCGUGGCCUACUUUGACGUUGGCUUCACCAAGUGCCACAAGCCAAUUGGUUUCUCAACAGGUUAG